GUUUAAAACAUCGAUGCCUCGACGUUGCCAUCGAUGUUUCUGCUGCUUCGCUCUUUAGUAAAACUUAACCGGACCAAAUAUAAAACCAACCAUGGCGGACGACACCAACGAGGACAGCUGGCUGUACGGCACCUCUAACCCGGACUCGACGACCGGUGAGCUGGGCAAUGGCGGGGACGCGCUGGCGGCGGAGCAAGAGGCUGCAGCGGAGGCCCAGGCACUAGCCGCUGUCGUUGCCGGCGAAAAGCCGGGCUCUUCGGUUGGAGCAGAUCCCGUUGGGGACUCGCCCCGGUAUCCCAAAGAGGAGGUGCCCGAGUAUUCAGAGUUCGACGACCCGGCUCAAGAGAUGGAGGAGGACGAGGAGGCUUUGCCCGACACCACCGACAGCAGAAGCCGAAGAGACCGCGACAGAGACAGAGAUAGGGAGCGGGAUCGGUUUGCAGAUCGAGCCGAUGCCCGCUCCUCCCCGGAUGCAGAAGAUGACGAGAUGGCCGACGCAAAUAGCUCCAGGCGAGAGAGGAACGGCUCGGGGUCUGACGAGGACGACGACGACGACUCGGAUGACGACAUCAACGUGGUCAUCGGGGACAUUAAGCAGGCACCCAGCACCUACAACAUAAAGCAGCGGCCAAACCUGCUGGCCGGAGGGACUGGCGCCACCGGGGACAAGGCCAAGCCGGCUGGCCAGGCGGGCAAGUUCAGCAUUGAGGACUUCGAGGGUGCCGGCACUAUCAACGGCGUAGCCGUGCACGAGUUCAGCAUCGACUCGUUGGAGGAGAAGCCGUGGCGCAAGCCGGGAGCCGACAUCACGGACUACUUCAACUACGGUUUCAAUGAGGAGACGUGGCGCGCAUACUGCGAACGGCAGAAGCGUUUCCGGGUGGCGGAGAGCGGCGUGGGCCUAGCCAGUCUCACGCAGAACGUAAGCCAGAACACCCCCAUUGGCAUCCUCACGGACGGCGGCAUGGGCAUGGGCCCACCCGGAAUGCACAGCAUCCAGUCAAUGGUGGGCAUAGGCGGGGAAGGCGGAAUGCAGAUGCCGCCGCCAGGGAUGCCGCCACCCAUGAUGCAGCACCAGUCGCGCUCCGGAAUGGGACUCAUGCAGCGUCCCCCAAGGCCCAUCUCAACCACGGGCGGAGAACGGGGCGGCGACCGCGAGAGGGGCGUCAAGGAGAACGCCAUUCAGGUGAUGACCGCCGAGUGCCGGGAGUACUCUCGCGGCGGCCUUGGACCUAUGCCGCCGAACUUCCCCCUGCCCGGGGCCUCCGAGGAGCCCUUCUUCCACGAGCCGGAACCCUUCGACUACGGCUAUGAGCCCACUCAGGAGUCGCAGUGGGGCAGUGACAAUGCCGGGUGGGUGCCUAGCGGGAUCAAGGAACUUACUCCCGGCCACGCUCACAUGCAACAGCCGCCACCUGGGAUGCCGCCUCCUGGGAUGAGCGUGCCUCCGCCACAGAUGGGCGGCCCGCCACCCAAUUUGCGCGGCAUGAUGCCGCCCAACAUGCGCAUGCCACCGAAUAUGAACAUGGGGCCUCCGCCAGGAAUGAUGAUGGGGGGUAAUGGACCGCCACAGAUGCGAAUGGGAAUGGCGCCGCCACAGAGGAUGAACAUGGGAGAUCGUGGCAGCUAUGAGGAUGAUCGUGAGCGUAGAAGGCGGGAAAAGGAUAAGCUCCUAAAAAAAGAUCAGCUACGAAAGGACUUCUUGGACAUGCUGCGGGAGCGCCAUGACAUCGAGAGGCACACGAGGUGGUACGACAUCAAGAAGAAGUUUGAGACAGAUCCGAGGUACCGGGCGCUGGACUCAUCCUAUCGAGAGGAGUACUUCGAAGACUACUUGCACCUGCUGAAGGAGGAGAAGCGAAAGGAACGCGACCUUAAGGAGCGAGAGCGGCACCGCGACAAGGAGCGAUCGCGUGACAAGGACAAGGAGAAGGAGAAAGACAAGGAUAAAGAGAAAGAUAAGGAUAAGGAAAAGGACAAAGAAAAGGAUAAGGACAAGGAUAAGGAUAAAGAGAGCUCGCGCCGAGAGCGCUCCCGAUCCCGCGAAAAGUCCAGCCGUCGCAAGUCCAAGUCCCGCGAGAAAGAUCGAAGUGAACGAAGUAGUAAGGGCAGCAGCAGCAGCAGUACCGCCGCCUCCUCCAGUCGGAGUGAGAAAAAGAAAUCGCACCGCAAGGACAAAGAGGAGGAGGAAUAGCAUUUGUUAAGGUACUAUAUGGAAGACGAUCGAGAAGCAACUCCCUGAGCUGUCCACCAUACAAAUUAAAAAUAAACAAACCGAAAUACACGAACAUUUUCUAAAUACAUUAAAUAAAAGAAAUUCCAGAAGUAAAUGAGGGGCGAUUGUUGAGAGAUACAAAGAGGCGGAAUGAAGAUAAAUACACUUAUUUUUUGUAAGAA